UGGUUUGAGAUGAAGUGGAAUAAGUGUCCCAAUCAACCUCAAAGGCAAAAAGUGUCCCAAUCACCCUGAAUUCACCCUAUAUAUUAUAAUUUUGUUUAUUUUAUUUGGUAGGUUAAUAAUAUAGAGGUCUGAAGGGAAAUUACGUCAAAUACCGUGAUUAAUUAUUAAUUAAAAAUUUGUAUAAAAUUAAAAAGUAUUAAAAUCGUUUUCCGGCCGUUUCAGCUUGUUUUUUCUCCCGUUAAAGCUUCAAGUUUCCAUUCUCACCGCUGCAGUUUUCCACAUAAACGCGGCACUCUGGAUCCAGUUGUUCUGACACUCAUCUCUGUUUGAAGAGGAUGCAGACAGCUGGAUGAGCCAGAGGUUCUCACAGACAAGCUGGCGCCAGGCUUUCACACAAUCACAGGAUAUGUAAAGACUUCAAUAACGAGCCAUUAGGCCUAAUGAUUGAGAAUCGAUCAGGCGUUAACUCCUCCAUGCAUAUGUUAAUGUGAUCCCGGGACGCGCUAUAUAUACCGAGGCCGCUUCUGGAGGCCUGGCAAACAGUCUUGGAUUGUACUCGGAUAGAUUCACUUCCUUUGCUCGGAGAAAAGACACACAGCAAUCAUGGUGAAGAAGUUUUCUGUGGACUGGCUCGCUCAAAGCUUUCAUGAUUCGGCGCCUCAAGCGGUUCUGGAGCCGGAGAAAAAGACGCACAGGCCUCACGUGCCGUGUGUGGUUCAGCCGAGACCACCGACAUCUUAUGACAAGGUUUAUUUGCAGCCAAAACCAAAGGUCACCAAAGCUGAACAGAAACCAGAAUCCACGAAAGAAGCCAUAACCCAGGCUGCACCAAGAAAUUGCUCGUCUCCAAGCUUUUCAGAAAACAGCGGUUAUUCAUCCGGUUAUGAGAGUGAAGCGGCCGCGUCUGAAUGCGCAUCCGUCGAAGAUGGAAACGACGUGGAGAAAGAUGGUGCGACGCGCAGAAUCAGAACCAAAUUCACACCGGAACAGAUCGACAAACUUGAAAAAAUCUUCAACAAGCACAAAUAUCUGGAUGCGGGAGAGAGAGUGAAAACAGCCCUGAAGCUCAAUCUGUCAGAAACACAGGUCAGAACCUGGUUCCAGAACCGCAGGAUGAAGCUGAAGCGCGAGGUGCAGGAGAUGCGCGCGGACUAUCUGCUGCCACCGAUGGUUCUGCCGCACGUGCACCCGGUUCAGUACCACUGCUACGACAGACAGCGACUUCCGUUUCCUCCUCAAGGCCCUCUGAUGCAUCAGAUCCCGUCGCAGCAGCACAUGAUGCCACAUCUUCCUCAUCAUCACCUCAUGAUGCCGAGGCAACAUUACUACUGAAGACGCGUUUAAAGACUCUCUCCUUUGAAACACUUAAAUCACAU